CAGAGCUUAACUUCAUCAUGAUCUAGUCGGGCUAUUUUCUGACAAUUCACAGAGAGAUUACCGUGACCUAAUCAUGUGCUUUAACCAAAGAGCACCAACCAUCCAAAAACAGCCCCACCCAUUUUAAAGCACACAUAAAAUACCAUGUUAACAGUACCUUAUAUACACAGUCGGGCAGGAGCAACUCUCUGACAGAGCCACUGACAUUUUUUAAAACAGGAUAUCCCUUGCUGACCUGCAGAGGUGUAAUAAGUUGAAUUUGAGCUGAACUGGGAUCAAAAAAAAAUGGGAAACGAGCAUUCCAACCACAAAGAGCUGAGCCAGAAUGGAAAAGCGAGAGAGAAGAGUCGGAAGAUAUCGGUGAAUGGCGUCACUGCGAACAUCAAAUUUAAUGGAGUGGGGAAUGAUGUCGACGGUGAGACCGUUGUCCACCAAAAUGGCGAGCCCUUCUCUCUGAUCCUGGCCACAGAAUCACCUGAGCCUGACUUUGUGAUAGUCGAAUCGGACUGUCAGCCCGCUGAGGCCGAGGUUAUUUCUGAAGUCUCCGAAGCCAUCGUGCACAUGGCGAAGCUCAAGAAGGGUAGAUCGGAAAAAGUUUCCCUCCUUGACAAAAUGUUCAAAAAGAAAGCAGAACCUCCAGUUGAUGUAGAGAGUGUUCAACAAGCGGAAACGUCAAAUGAAGAUCAAACGGAUGUAAGUCCUCCUGCCGCUGAACCACAGCCGGAGACAGCUACAGCUAACCUAAAGCAAGAGUCAGACUCAUUAACGGAGCCAGAAAGUGGUGUGACUCUAGAGCAAGAAAACGCUGCUGAAACUUUCAACGGGAACAGUGAACCUGAGGAAAACCAGGAGGAGAGUCACCCUGAAGAUAAUCCAGUUAUGAACUUCUUCAAAACCCUAGUGACGCCCACUAAAACAUCCAAAAAGGAAUCGGCUACUCCCGAAGCCGCUAAAGAUCAGUCGCAGAAGGAGACCCAACCAGCGGCAACCACUACUCUAGAACUGGAAGUAACUCUUAUUGCUGAUACCGCUGCACAAAUAUCUGAACCGCCUGCGGCACCCAAAGGAAUGUCUAUCCCACCACCUCCUCCCCCAGAGCCACCAAAGAUGGAAAUCAAAGGCGAACCAGCUGCCAAACCUGCAAAGCCCACACCAAAAGAAGAACCAAAGGCUGCUGCGAAGGAAUCUGAGCCCUCCAAAGGGAAAUCCGCCAAAGACACUCUGAGCAGUUUUUUCCGUCCAAAGACAAUCAAGGAGGCACCGCCGCCAGCAGUACAAGUAGAGGAGACACCUGUGGAGGCCCCAGAGCCGGUUGUAGAAGUCCAGAGUGAAAAUAAGGUUGAGCCUCAGGCGACGGCAGAGGAGGCGACGCGGCCGGUUGUAGAGGAGCAGAUGGUAGACGGAGCACCAGAGCCGGUGCAAGACGCUGAGAAAGUGGAUCCCUCAAAAACUGGCACCCUGGAGGCCGCGGCGAAGAAGCCCGAACCGCCGCCGCCUGUUCAGGAGGAGAAGAAGAAAACCGCCUCCAAAUCCCCGUCCUUCCUUUCCUUCUUCAAACCCAAAGCUGCCGUACCCAAGAAGGCCGCCGCCGCCGCCGCCGCCGCCGCCGCCCCGGCAGCAGAGGCCCCUCAGACAGUCAAAGCCAACAAGGAGGAACCUAAAGCCGCGGCCAAGUCGUCCGAGGUGGUCGCAGACAACAAACAGGCUUCGCUGGCGCCCCAGGCCGGAGACGACGGCGCCAGUGUGCCCAGAAAACUGGAGAAGAGGAACUCCAUCCACCUGUUCUUCAAAACCCUGGGUCAGAAGCGUCAUUCCACAGAUGCCGGAGUCCAGACAGAGCCAGCCGCUGCAGCGGCAGCAGCAGAGAAGGCCAAAUGAAGCAACACUGACGUUUCCUUGUACAGACAGUUUCUCUCUCUCUCUCUCAAUCUUUAUUCUCUCUCUCUCUCUGUCUGUCUCUCUCUCUCUCUCUCUCAUCACCCCUUCAGCCCCCUUGUAUGACUUUUAACUACAUUCGUUUUUUUGUUACUUUGUAGAAGUCGCAGGAUGUGAAAGGGAAGCUCGGUGGUUUUAAAGGACGCGUUAGAAAGAGUAACCAGCCGCAGGUAUAGAUUUAAAAUGGGCAGAAAACAUGUAUGUAUAUAAAUAUAUAUAUAUUUUUUGGGUCACCCGAAUGUCUCGACAAAGUGUCGCAGAGGGAGUCUUUCCUGCAAGACAUUUAAUGUGACUUCUCUGGGACCUUGCAAACUAAACACACUGGACUUAUGCGAAACCUCAGUACCACCGCUUUGCUUUUAGCGAUUAACACAUACAAAAAAAACCAUGUUGUCGUUUAGGUUCUGUUUUUAAAGUUGAUAGCAGGAAAAUCAUACAUGCAGAGGUUAAUACCAUGAGAUUUAUCUAGAUGUAUGUGACAUUACAAAUGACAGCUCCUAAUGGAAAUGAUAACAACAAUUGCACUUAUAGAUCUUUUUAACUCUACUUAAGCCACAUGUACACUAAAGCACACACAGUAUGAUAAUGGUCGUAUUAUUAUUAUUUGGGCCGUACGGGAAACCACAAUCUUGAGUGUGUCUGUGGGGAGCUGAUUUCAAGUGUUCGUGUUAACAAAUGCAUGCUGAUGUGAAAAUGUGUCCUUGUCCUUGUGAUAUCUUUCACAGACACUGUCGUCAUAAAUCAAAAGCCAGUUAGCUUUUUAAUUGGAUCGCAGCACUUUGUGUCAUGUCAUCUAAACGAAAGUCUCACGGCGUUCUGUCCAACGUGCAAUUGAUAUGAUGCUCUUGUUUGCCUAUACGUGUGCGUGUAUGUGUAACCUCAGUUAUGUUGAAGACAAUAAAUAUCAUCUACGAAAUUAA